CUAAAACAAAACCAGAGACCAAAUACAGAAGACUAACUGGAAAAAGCUAAACAUUUCAUUCAUUUACUUCCUUUUUCUCUUCUCCUCUCUGCUUUUAUCUCUUUAAACGUCGUCGUUUCUCCACCGUUGCUCCUACUCAGACUUCCUUUUUACAGCUUUCCGGUCGAUCGGCUUGUUUUCGGAACUUAUACCGUACCAUAUCUCAAGAUAAUCAAAGUCAAGUCUACUCGAUCCAGGAUUGUGGAUUGUGAAAGUUUGACUUACAAAUCCUCAUGCCAAAGAACCUAUAGUUUUUUUUCUACAGUUGCUUUGAGGGGAAAAUGCUGGAGGCUCCAAAGUUUGCGGGACUUAUAGACUUAAAUGAGAACCAUGAUCAUUAUGGUCUCACACAAAAUUUUUACCAUAAGCUUGGUGAAGGGUCAAAUAUGUCAAUCGACAGUUAUGGGAGCUUGCAGAUGAGCAAUGGUGGAGGUUCAGUUGCAAUGUCGAUGGAUAAUAGUAGUGUUGGAUCAAAUGAUUCACAUACUCGUAUUUUAAAUCAUCAGGGUCUCAAGCGUGUCCACAAUAACUAUCCCGAUGCAGCUAGUGUAAAUAAGGGCAAAACUUCUCAUGGGUUGAGCGAUGAUGCCCUAGCUAAAGCGUUGAUGGAUCCCCGAUUUCCUACCAAUGGGCUUGAGAAUUAUGAUGAGUGGACAAUUGAUUUGAGGAAGCUCAACAUGGGGCCAGCUUUUGCUCAAGGGGCUUUUGGUAAACUGUACAAGGGAACUUACAAUGGUGAGGAUGUUGCUAUCAAGCUUCUAGAGAGGCCAGAGAAUGAUCUUGAGAGGGCUCACUUGAUGGAGCAACAGUUUCAGCAGGAAGUUAUGAUGUUGGCAAGGUUGAAACAUCCAAAUAUUGUUCGGUUUAUUGGUGCAUGCCGUAAACCCAUGGUGUGGUGUAUUGUCACUGAAUAUGCUAAAGGAGGGUCAGUUCGUCAGUUUCUAGCUAGGCGACAAAAUCGAUCUGUGCCCUUGAAGUUAGCCGUGAAGCAGGCCUUGGAUGUGGCAAGGGGUAUGGAAUAUGUGCAUGGCCUGAAUCUGAUACAUCGUGACCUGAAAUCUGACAAUUUAUUAAUUUCUGCUGAUAAAUCAAUCAAGAUUGCGGACUUUGGGGUUGCUCGUAUUGAGGUGCAGACAGAAGGAAUGACACCAGAGACUGGAACAUACCGCUGGAUGGCCCCUACGCUUCUUAUCAUUCGUUCUGCUGAGGGUCUAUUGGAAACCACGUAUCUACCUUCUCAAGGUAGGGGUAAGGUCCACGUACACUCAACCCUCUUAGACCCCCCCCCCCCCCCCAAAAAAAAAAAAAAAAAAAAACACCUGUGAGAACACACUGGGUUCAUUGUUGUUUUACAUACUUGUGGUUGCAAUGCAAUUGUCUUCAAAUUAUCAAAGAAAAUAGAGAAAUGGCAGCAAUAAGAUAUGUUUAUUUUCCAGCAUGAUAUUUGGCUGAACAUUUCUUUGCACUAUAUCUUCUGUUUAAUGAUAUAAAUAUACUACCACUGCAUUGCCUAAAGAUAGAUUUACAGUGAAAAAGUGAUGGGUUUAAUUGUUUUCUUGAUGAUCGAGAAACCUGUCGGGAACCAACUGAAGCUCUUGAAACUUGGGGAUCGUGGACUCGCCCCGCCUCGCGCCUCUUCCCUCAAACCUUUGGACCGAUGGAGCUUGCGAAACUUGGGAAUGAUGGGCCCAUCCUCCACCCUCUUAAAAUUUUCCUGGAGCCAACCGGAGCUUUUGAAACUUAGGGAUGAUGGACUCAUGGACCCAUCCUUUUACCAGUUUACCUUCCUCCACCUUAUAUCGGCCUUAAUUCACUUAGCGAAGUGUUUUUAUUGUGACCUAAGAUGCAAAUUCCUCACCCUUUGCCAAUUGAGCUAACCCCUCGGGCAAAAUAUGAUGGGUUUAAGUACUCUAUAACCUUUUGAAAACCCAGAUUGAUUGUGUCUAAUAUUCCUUUUGUAUGCCUGUUAUUGCUAAGAGAGAGAGAGAGAAGUUGUUUCUUCUGGUCAAUCCUUAAACUUCGUUAUUUGUGCCUCUUGCUAGAAGUAUAAAAAAACUCCUCCUUUUGUGGGUUUUAGUGUGCUUAAUUCAGUCUAACUCAUGAAAUUUGUUUUCAGGAUGUGUAGAGAUGAACCGUAGUUCACUCUCAUGUGCUUUUAAGGAAUGUUCUAGUUAGAUCAGUAUACAGAAACUCAUCAUCUGUCACCUUCGUUUUAAACUUUUUAAGGGUUAAAGUUAAUUAAAUAUUUUUUGGCUUCAUCAUAUAUUUGUCUCUCAUCUUCUAUUCCCUUGUCUGCCAUUCUAGGAUCUCACUGGUAAUAAAUUGUUCAUGACGCUCGUUCCAAGUAACAGUAAUCAUACUGAGAAGUGUUAACUAUUUCUGUUUGAUAGUUGUAGGCACUUCAGAUUAAGUGGUUCAACUUAUUUUUUCGGAGUGUCAUCUCUUAUUCUUAACUUAAAUUCAACAGAAUUAGCUCCAAGACUAGUCUUUCUUUUUAUAAUGUUGUUUCCAGGCCUAGUGCGCACCUCGGGUAUUCACGAGGCACUUGCUACUACCGCCAACAUGGGUACCAGAUAACUUGGUCUACCAAGGCUUGGACAGAUAUGAUUUUGUCUAAACCAUGGUCGCGCCUCUUCAUUGACCACUAGGUCACACCUUGUGCUCCAAUAUUAGUCUUUUCUCCUUGCCUUAUUUCAAAGGAUAAAAGUAAGAAGAGUUGUUAUUCUAAUAGAAAUCAUUUUUUAAAUCCUUUGAAAUGAAGAUUGGUGUAAGUUAUAGAGCAUUGGGUAGUAAUAUAGCUUUGGAUUGCAUAGUUGUUAUCCUAAUUGAAAUGAUUUUUUAUAAAUCGUUUGAAAUGAAAGUUAAGGCACCCUUCUCCUAGUAGAAGGGUUAUUAUCUUGCCCUUUUAUCCCCAGAACUCAGGAAUACCUUUUUCUAUGCCCCUCUCACAUUUAUCAGAAAAUUCUUUUUUUUUUGGUGCAGUUCAGUUAAGGUAACCCACCUUUACAAACAUUGUAAUUGCACCACAUGAGUGUUAUUUUUUAUUUUUUUUUGGAGGGAGGGGGGAAUGAGUUUUAUUUGAAUAUAAAAGAAUGUGUUUGAAACUUCCUGACUUAAAGGAGACAUCUGCAGACUGCACUACAAGGUCUUCCUCCCCUUGCUUUGGUGCCCUGCUACUUUUUGAACAGUUCCUGAAGUGUUGCCUCUUGGCUCUUAGUAAUGGGCUCAAAUCUUAUUGUUGGAUAAGUAUCCUGCUCUUUUUGAGGUCCCUUGGUUAAGUUUCUUAGGUUUGGUACGUUUUUGUGAUCUCAUUAUAGUAGUACAUUUAAUGAGGAGAAUAAUGAAAGAUCUUUUCUUCAAAGAAGUGUCAGGUUUUUAGAUCUCUCUUGGAGAAGUAUGAAAGAAAAGUGCAUGCGUUAAAUUUUCUAAAGGAUUUAGAUAGGCUGAUAUAGCAUGUGUACAGUCACAUGAAAAACAAACAAGAAUAUUGAAGGUACAAAUUCACAUAUGUAAGAAUAUCAUAACUUUGUCUACUAAGAAGUUAUACUUCUGUAUGUAUGGGUAAACUGUAGGUCAUUGUGCCAAUCAUUGCAUUUGCAUACUUGAUAGCUUAAGCAGUUGUCAGAUAAACUUUAUAAUCAUGUGAUUAAAACAGAAAGAACAAGCAAAAUUACCAAUGCCCCAUUGAUAAUUGCAGCAAUAGUUCUAAUGACAAAAACAAAAUGUUCAUUUCAAUUUAGGCCUGAAUAGAGCAUGGUGGUUGCAAAUCCAUAUAGCCAGACCCAACUUUUGGUUGUGGUCAAGCUAGUUGUUUGAUUGAUUAUUUAUUGCAUCACUACUACUUGGGUGCCUUUUCAAUCGGAAACUUGAUCAACAUGUUGCUACAUUUUAACAAACCAGAAGAUAUCUGAACUUAUCAAUGGUUUAGAGCCCUUAGAAAUUAUUCAUGUUAGCCUUUACAAAAGUUCUUUUAAAAAGGUGUUCCUUAUUAUUAUUUUCUUUCUUGGGCUUGAUAUGGCAGUUAGGAUGUGUACCUUGAGUUAGAUGAGCAAUCCAGGAUGAAAAGAAAUUGAAAGAUAGAGUUAUAUCCAUUUCCAUCGGCUGGAGAUCCAUUACAUAAUUAAGCUUCAAGAAGAGUAUCGGUGGAUAUAUCUCUAGGAUACAAUUGUUUUAAUUAGUUUCCACGGUCUAGCUUUCAACACAAUAUUAGAGAUGAAACUUGUCUUGGGAGAUGAAAUUACAUUUUUUUUAAAUGCUAAGGGGAUUGGAGAUUAAUUGUGCAGUUGUUAGAGAAGUAUGAGAAAUGAAGCUUUUUAUUUCCAAUUGGACAACCUUUUUCUGACAUUUAGUCGAAGAAGAUUGUGUUUAUCGGUGCCAAUAAGACACUGUCCAAAUGCCUGUAUUGUGUUUGCAUUUGUCAAAGAAAUAUGACAGAUGAAAUUUUUCAUUUUCAAUUGGACAAUCUUUUCCAACAUUUAGUUGAAGAAGAUAGUAUUUGUGGGUGAAUAUAAGACACUGUCAGAAUGCUUGUAAUAGGUAUGGACGUAUCUAGUGGCUCUGGUGAUUUUUAAGUGUGCUGUUACAGUUGAGAUGGACCACUUUGCUGUGAUGGCACAAGAUUUUUGAAUGCAAUUCAUCCCAGUGCGAGGAUUGAGUAGUGUGUUGAUGAGUAGCAUGAAUGACUUGAGGAAAAUAGAUGGGAACUUGCCUAGUACCAAAGUUGAUGCAAUAGAAGUUGUCCCAGUUGCAAUCUUCAUGUCAAACAAGGCUUGUAGCUUGGCAUGUGCAGCAACUCUUAGAAAUCACAUCCAAUUAUAAUAUAUUCACAAAUUGAUUUUAGUUAGGUUAUUUAGAAA